AUGGCAGAGUUCGGAUGGACGCUGGCGUUCAUCCUGGUACCUGCUUUCGUCAACACCGCUGUAUCAAUAAGAAUGUAUUCGCAGGAUAAGCAGCAGGAUUCCUUGUCAAAUGAGUUCACAAAACGUAAGUGGCUCAGGAUCUUCAUAUUGGUGUUACAAAUGGCUCCUAUAUUGCGGUUUGCUGAUGCGCUUAUUUACGCAGUCAAAUCCCGACGCGCUGAGCGCAAGAAAGAUCUGGCGGCACAGCAAAUGUACUACAAGUUGAUGCUGAAAGAGGACUCAGAUGCGGCCCUACUCAGAAUAUUCGAGUGUUUCCUAGAAGCAGCUCCUCAACAGGUGCUUCAGACUAGUUUGCUGUUGAGAGUGAAUCAAGAGUUUGCUGUUCAUCAGGUUCUGUCAAUAGCAUCAUCAAUAAUAGGCAUGGGCUGGUGCUUGGCAGCAUACCAGCGAGCUGUGCGCUUUGCACAACAAGACAAGGACAACAUGAGCUGGGUCGGAACUGCCUUGCAGACUAUGUUUCAUUUUCUUGUUACAUUGAGCCGCAUAAUAUCAAUAUCCAUCAUCGCUUUUCUCUUUCCGCAUUGGACGAUUCUAGCCUGCGGAAUUCAUAUCCUCAUCACCGCUACACUUCUCCAGAUUUUCGACCGUUCCCCGUUCUGUUCGCACACCUGUCUCGGCAGCAUUUCUUUCUCUAUCGCACUCGGGGGCGUUUACCUCUUCACAUACAUCAUUCCAGUUGAAGGCAAAACGAGAUAUAGGUUCUUUCACCCCAAAGUCAGUAAAAAGGAGUUCGCUGUUUCGUUCAGGAGUGGGAAUGAGAUGAGCUAG